UGGGCCCCGUAGCAGGCGGGUGUGAAAGGGAUUUUGUUUAAAGAGGAAAGGAGGCGAGCCUCAGCGUUGCUUUGAAAUCUGCCCCUUCGCCUCCCGCGCCCCAGCCCCUCAUUUGCCUCCCCUCGAAGCCCGGCUCGGCCCUGGGAGGGAGCCGAGAGCGUGGCACUCGCUGCCCCGAGCGUGGCAGGCCACCCCGCAGUGCCACCAUGACCCCCAGGGCGCUGGCCGUGCUGGGCUGCCUCCUCUUCCUCCUCCUCUGGGCGGAGGGUCAGGAGAAGGUGCAGCGCCCCCAAGCCCCGGAGAAGAAGGCCACGAGAGAGUCCAAACCCCGGGUUGCCCAGGGCAUGGGCAGGAAGGCCAAACUGGUGGCACCCAAUACCCUGCCCCCCAUGAAUGCCACAACUGCCCCCGGCGCGGGGAAGCCACCAGCCUCCAUCCUGAGCCAGGUGGUGGCACGGGGGCAGUUCCAAAAGGUGCCCGAGUCCCUGGCACUGCGAGCGGGGGACGCGCUGGAGCUGCGGUGCCGGGGCCGGGCGGUGCGGUGGAGGUACCCUGCCCACCUGCAAGAUGAUGAGGAAGGGCGGCUCAGGGUCAAGCACUAUGCAAAGUUCAGCCAGCUGCUGGUGGUGAAUGCCACGGCCGCCGACACGGGUGAGUACAGCUGCUGGUCCCUCCAGUGCCAGGACAGCCCAUGCCAGGAGGGCGAGGACAGGAUGGGCAAGACCUUUGUCUUCUUCGCAGACCCCCAGGAGCUGUUUGUCCCCACGGAGGAUUACUAUGAGGUGGUCCAGCUGCGCACGAACCGCCCCACGCUCCUGCCCUGCCAGGUGACCAGCCCACUGGCCCGCGUGACGCUGCACCGCGAGUUCCCCCCCGAGGAGGUGCCCGUGGACGGUCGGGACAUCUCUUACGACGUCCGGCGCGGCUUCACCAUCCACCGCUCCCGGCCCUCCUAUGCCGGCUCGCUCUUCUGCAUGGCCAGCCUGGGUGGCGUGCGGCAGAUCUCCACCAAGUACAUGCUGGUCUACAUCAACUACCCUUCCUCUGCCCCCAAGCCCACGGUGCGGGCAUCGGGCACCUCCGUGCGGGUGGGGGAGAACUUCAACGUGACCUGCACGGUGCUUGGAGAGCCGGAAGUGGCUGUGGCCUUCACCUGGGAGUACCCGGGGCAGAAGAUGGGCAGGCCGCCCUACGUGCGGGAGCGCACGGACCUGGUGCGCCGCGGCGGGCAGGUGCGGCAGGAGUCCAAGAGCACCCUGUACAUGGACGAGGCACGGGACGUGGAUGCCGGGCUGUACACCUGCCGCGCCGAGAACCUGGAGGGCAGCGCCAGCACCGCUACCCGUGUCCGCGUGCUCCCGGCCCCACGGGGCGGGCGGCCUGGCUAG